AUGAAUAACAGCACUCCGCCUAUCAAUGGAGCGGCUCAGCAGAAUCCAGCCGUGCCUAGUGUUCCCGUUAAUCCGGCCUUUCCGCAGAGCCCUCAGGCGCAGGCGCAGGCGGUUCAAGCUCAGGCCCUAGCAAUGCUCGCGUUCCAGUUUCCUAACUUGUUUGCACAAGCACAAGGCAAUAUCUCGUGGACUGGAAUGAGCUUUCCUCAGCUGGCUUUUGUGCCAGUGCCUGUUGGCCAGUCUCCAUAUGACAAGGAUAUAUUAGUGCAUGCUUUGCACGCGUCAUCAGGGAAAGGAAUCAAUUACAGGCAAUCGCUAGAAAGCUUGAACGGGGUCAAUAACCACACAGCUGAUCAAUGGAAAGAUUAUUACUUGGAAAAUGUCCAUCAUAUCAACAGUCUCGUAUCCAAAUUGUCAAACGGACCUGCAUCCGAACCUGUUAACCAUAGUGUGAAGAAGCCUAUCAUUACUCCUCCAUCUGGGCAGGAUACCAAUACUAGCUUGCAGACUGCUAGAAGGAAGCUGCCCCAUCUCAAUCAUUCUAGCUCUGCUCCUCAGGCUGGGAGCUCGUCCAGUCCUAGGCAGUGCAAUCGUCGAGUGCCUGGAUCUAUGAACCCGCCUUCGGAUAUGGCUCGCAGCCAACCGACUUCAAGUGAAUCCUUGAUGGCUAGCCCAUCGAUACCAACAGCUUCUACUUCAGCGAUCACUCCCAGGGUACCAUCCCAUGAACCAUCGCCCCCAGCUGAUAUUGGCCCUGCCCUGUUUUGGCAGUCUGGGACCCGACGUCCGUUCACGCCCAAGGAUAAGACAUAUCUCAACAAAUACAUGGCUUGGGCUCUCAGUCGUGAUUCGACGCUGAGUAAGGCUGAAUUGGCCAAACGUUUAGCCGCAAGGGCUUCUCAUCACACUGAAUCAUCGUGGGCUCAAGUAAUCGGGAAUGUACUUCUUACGGAAGAUACAAAUAAAGCAUACAAGAACGGGUCCGAUAAGACCAUAGAGAUAUCCGACGACGACGACGAGACUGUGGAAGAAUCUUUGGAGAAUGGUCCAGAUUAUGACCCCUCAGAUGACGACCCUUCAGAUCUAGAAUCAACGGAUGAUGAUCUAGCGCAGAUGGGCGAGGCGAGAUCAGCCUUCACGGACACGGACAUGCGGAUGGUUGCGAAAUGGGUAGCUUCACACCCUGACUGGGAGGAGAUGUCCUACAAGGAAAAAUGGGAGGAUCUAAGUCAGAGAGUGCGUCAUAAUUCUCUGCGUCGGAAACUGUGA